GCUCUUCCCCUUAGGUACGUUGGAGAUUGUGAAUGGUGUCAGAAAACACACUCGAGAUGUUGGAAUGACUUUCCCAACUCCAAGUUCUAGCGAGGCUAGAGUAGAAGAGGACAGUGAUGUGACUUCUUGGUCAGAAGAAAAGAUAGAAGAGAAAAGGCUCCUUACCAAUUAUCUUGGGGACAGAAAGUUAAGGAAGAAUAAGCAGAGCUGCUGGGAAGGAGUUUCAUGGUUUGUUCCUGUGGAAAAUGUGAAGUCUGGUCUUAAGAAGGAAAACCUGCCCAAGUUUCAUGGCCCUGGUGUCUCCUGGUUUGCACCAGUAACCAACACCACACCUUGGAGGGAGCCACUACAGGAACAGAACUGGCAAGGACAGCACAUGGACAGCCACAGUUCAGUAGCAGGCCCAGGCAGAGAUCCACUGAAGCCAUUUGUGAGAGCAACCCUAUAGGAAUCACUGCAACUUCACAGACCUGACUUCAUCUCAUGCUCUGGGGAACGGAUAAAGCGCUUGAAGUUAAUAGUCCAGGAGAGGAAGCUGCAGAACAUGUUACAGAGUGAACGGGAGGCACCGUUCAACACUGUGCGAGAAUGGCAGGGCCAGCGGGACGCCAUGCACCUGCUCCCCAAGAGAGGCUUCCUGGCUGCCCAAAAGAAAAGGCCUGUUGGAAAGAAGGAAAUGAUUCAGCAGUCUAAGUGGAUUUAUGAACAGCUUCCAGAAGUACAGAAAAAGAGAGAAGAGGAAAAGAGGAGAUCGGAAUAUAAGUCAUACCGGCUGCGAGCCCAGCUAUAUAAAAAGAAAGUGACCAAUCAACUCUUGGGGAGAAAAGUUCCUUGGAACUGACAUAAGAGUAUUUUCCUCAGAGCCUUGGAAUUAUUAUUAUUUUUUUUUUUGGCGGUACAAGGGCCUCUCACUGUUGCGGCCUCUCCCGUUGCGGAGCGCAGGCUCCGGACGCGCAGGCCCAGCGGCCACGGCCACGGGCCCAGCCGCUCUGCGGCAUGUGGGAUCUUCCCGGACCGGGGCACGAACCCGUGUCCCCUGCAUCGGCAGGCGGACUCCCAACCACUGUGCCACCAGGGAAGCCCAGAGCCUUAGAAUUAUAU